AUAAGAAGAAUGAAAAGAGGUGAAGAAGAAGUGUAAGUUCAUUAACAACAGUUUGUCUUCGUAGCUGUCAUGUCUUUCGUCUGCAGAAGCGCCGCUUUGCUUCUAAAGUCUUCCAGAGCAGCGCCGGUUCUCGUGUCUGCUGCUCGCCUCUGCAGCUCAGGUGCUCAUUACGAGUAUAUUUUGGUGGAAAAGCGAGGAGAGAAGAAGAAUGUGGGUUUCAUCCAGCUGAACCGACCUAAGGCCCUCAACGCUCUCUGUGAUGGGCUGAUAAAGGAGUUGGGACAGGCUCUGGACGGCUUUGAAGCUGAUGGCGAAGUUGGGGCUAUCGUCAUCACCGGCAGUGACCGAGCCUUUGCUGCUGGAGCGGACAUCAAAGAGAUGCAGAAUCGAACUUUUCAGGAGAACUACAGUCAAAAUUUCCUGGCUACCUGGAACAGAGUGUCCACAGUGAAGAAGCCUGUGAUUGCAGCUGUUAAUGGAUUUGCUCUGGGUGGUGGCUGUGAGCUGGCAAUGAUGUGUGACAUCAUUUAUGCUGGAGAGAAGGCGCAGUUCGCCCAACCCGAGAUCCUCCUGGGAACCAUCCCUGGAGCGGGGGGCACCCAGCGGCUGACCCGUGCUGUAGGCAAAUCCUUGGCUAUGGAGAUGGUACUAACAGGAGACAAGAUUAAUGCUCAAGAAGCCAAGCAAUCAGGUUUGGUGAGUCGAGUUUAUCCUGUGGACCAGUUGGUGUCUGAAGCUGUUAAAUGUGGGGAGAAAAUUGCUGCCAACUCUAAACUGGUCUCUGCUAUGGCUAAAGAGGCUGUUAAUGCAGCCUUUGAACUGACCUUGGCUGAGGGGAGUCGUUUAGAGAAGUCCUUAUUCUAUGCUACCUUUGCUACUGAUGAUCGUAAAGAAGGCAUGACAGCAUUUGUGGAGAAGAGAAAGGCUAGUUUCCAGGACAAGUAGGAAAGAGCAAAUCGAGUUCACCAAGAACACAAAGCUCAGCAAGUCAUUUCCUUAGUGGCAAUAAGUUGAAUGAUGUAAAAAAUCCUGAUGGUAAUGGAACAUGCAAGAUGUUUGGCACUGAGUGAGUGCUUGAGAGUGUGUUACCACAGUGAAGCCCUGCCUGCUGAGGCUCAGUAUCAAAAUUAAAUGUAGUCUGGGUGCAGGAGUGCAGUGGGUUUGCAUUUGAAGACCUUUUGACAACCAUUAUAGUCAGUGUGUAGAAGGUGGAAUCAGUUUUACCGACUCUGCCUUUUCAUUUUCACUGUCAAAUGCUGGUCUACAUUUUACAAAUAAAGCUCUACAGUGAUUUUCAGUACUGUAACAUGAACAGAAAUAAGCUGCAUCUGCUGUAUUGAACACAGUUAAUGGCGUGUUGUAAGAUUUAGCAUAUGUGAUACAGUGACUAUGUAAUUCAAAUUCACCUAUUUGUGAUUCAUAAAUAUGCUGGUUUCAGAGAAUGAUUGUCAUCUCUUUGAAAUAUACAAGAACUGCAGCAACUAUAAAUUUAAACUAUAA